GGGAUCUAACGGGAGAAACACUGUGGACCUUAAUACGCUCUGUGCCUCAACACAGUGAAUAAUAAUAAUUAUUAUUAUUAUUACCAUCCGUUAGCUCGGUUUAGCCUCUUCGGGGCUACAUACGGAGGCAUCCUGGAAGCACCCGGAGAACCGCGGAUAUCUACGCGGCAUGGAUGCUUCGUGACCCGCGGCAGGUGUGAGGAGAUGAAGGGGGAGCCGCCGGCGGCAGCCACCGGCCGCGUGGUGCUGGUCAAGAAGAUCAUCAUGAAGGACGGAGCUGCGCUCCAGCAGGGUAUCGGCAGGCCCAGUGUGUAUCAUGCAGUGGUUGUGAUCUUCCUGGAGUUCUUCGCCUGGGGAUUACUCACCACGCCCAUGCUCACUGUUUUACAUGAAACAUUUCCCCAGCACACAUUCCUCAUGAACGGCCUCAUUCAGGGCGUCAAGGGUCUGCUGUCCUUCAUGUCGGCUCCUCUGAUUGGUGCGCUGUCAGACGUGUGGGGCAGGCGGACCUUCCUGCUGGUCACCGUCUUCUUCACCUGCGCUCCGAUCCCUCUGAUGAGGCUCAGCCCCUGGUGGUACUUCGCCAUGAUCUCCAUGUCCGGAGCUUUCUCCGUCACCUUCUCGGUCAUCUUCGCCUAUGUUGCCGAUGUGACGGACGAAAGAGAGAGGAGCACAGCCUACGGUCUGGUGUCAGCUACUUUCGCAGCCAGCCUAGUAACCAGUCCAGCUAUCGGGGCGUACCUGUCGGCCUGGUACGGAGACAAUCUGGUGGUUCUGGUGGCCACACUGAUCGCUCUGGCGGACAUCUGCUUCAUCCUGCUGGCCGUGCCCGAGUCUCUGCCUGACAAGAUGAGGCUCAACACCUGGGGAGCGCCCAUAUCCUGGGAGCAGGCGGACCCCUUCACCUCUCUCCGGAAGGUCGGUCAGGACCCGACCGUCUUACUGAUCUGCAUCACUGUGUUCCUGUCUUACCUGCCAGAGGCCGGACAGUAUUCCAGCUUCUUCCUUUACCUGAGACAGGUCAUAAAUUUCUCCUCCAAGACCAUCGCUGUUUUUAUUGGAGUGGUGGGCAUUCUGUCCAUUGUAGCACAGACUCUCUUUCUAACGCUGCUGAUGAGGACUCUGGGUAAUAAAAACACCGUUCUGUUGGGUUUGGGCUUCCAGAUCCUCCAGCUGGCCUGGUACGGCUUCGGAUCAGAGCCAUGGAUGAUGUGGGCAGCAGGUGCUGUAGCAGCGAUGUCCUCCAUCACCUUCCCAGCUGUCUCUGCUCUGGUGUCACAGUCUGCUGAUCCUGAUAAACAAGGAGUGGUCCAGGGGAUGAUCACAGGGAUCAGGGGUCUGUGUAACGGUCUGGGUCCAGCUUUGUACGGAUUCAUCUUCUUCCUCUUCAAUGUGGAGCUCAACACCAUGGACCCAAUCCAGGGAGACUUCAACAUCGACCCCCUGCCUCUUCAAAGCCCCACUGAGCGAGGCCUCAUCCCCGGCCCGCCCUUCCUGUUGGGGGCGUGCACCGUGGUCGUCGCCUUCAUCGUCGCCCUCUUCAUCCCGGAGAAACCUUCCUGCUCCUCCUCUCCCUCCCAGCUGUCCCUCAGCGACAAGCCCCACCUGGACAGCAAGGAGUCCAUGUCCUCGCUGGCCGGCAUCCACAUCAACACGCCCCUCCCCGGCAGCGACGAGGAGACCCCGCCCACCGCCAGCGACGAGGACUUUGAGCCGCUGCUGCAGGACAGUAUUGUUUGACGGACAGGUGGAGCGACCACACAAGGUGGGGCUUACAUCGUGGUUUGAUUGAUUGACAUUUUAUAAGUGCGAUAAAGAGCCCCGUUACACAUUUUCUUUGCUGCAGGGCGGAACAAGGUGUUCUUUUAUUGUCAGAAGUUUGCGAUUAAAAGCUCCGACUGCGUCGUUUCGUCGCCAGUAGGCGACGUAUUACUCCAGCUACCAGGAGCGGAGGCAGUAACAACCAAUAAGGAUGUUUCUUUUGCAAAGAGGCGGGAGCAAAGAGCUGCAAAUAAGAUGUCAUCACAACUUGAGCGAAGAGACCGAGGCGAUUAUUUGACUGCCAGAAGACGGAGGGGCCAACAGGGACAACACAGUUUAAAGGGAAACCACAGAUUGAUUGACAAGAGGAGGGACCAACUGAAAAAGAAAGAAGUAUUUUUAAGGUUUUAAUGGAAGGUUCUCGUUCAUCUUUAAGCUUGAAGUUGUUGAUUGUGAUAAACAAGAAAAGGUGUUUUUACCUUCAGAUGUAUCAUUUUAAAGCUGUAUUUUGAUGCUGUGAUUAUUUCUUAUUGGUUAUUGUACAAAAGAAACACGUCUGCAACAUAUUUACAGUGUUGAUUUAUACUUUUUGUUUAAGAACAACAUGUUUUUAUUACAGUUAUUCUUUUUCCUUUUGGGAUUUUUAUUCUUUCUAAGUGUACAGUACCUGCUAUGAGCUAUCGAUCGUAACAUGGUAUGAAUGUGACCAGCUCAGAGAUGAGUCACCCGAAAUCCAACAUGUCAAAAAUAUCAAUUUUAAUAGCUAUUUUCAUCUUACAUUUUCACAGUUUCAAGUUUCCUCUUUAAUUUGUAUUGCUCUAAAUGAAUUUAUUUCAAAUUCAUCAAGGUAACAGAACACCUCACUGGGUAGUUUUAUACUCCUCAUGUCCCCGUUUGUCACUCUACCUCAGAUCAGCGUGUUUAUAAUCCCGCUCAACCUGGAUUUACUCAUCCUCUAUCACGUUUGUUUUAUUUUUUAUAUCAAAGUCACUUUAUUAAUGCUGCUGGCUGCUGUCAGUGGGAAAGCUUCAGAGCUGCAACUUAAGCUUUAGUGGUCCAAGCACCAACAGUGUUCAAAUCAAAAAUUGUUUCAUUUUAUUAAAUUAGAGAUAAUGCACAAAUGUGAAAUUUGCAAGUCAGAUUUUUGAAAAAUGCUUACAAUAGAAUCUGUGAUUUAUUGCAGGUACAACAAUAACUGACACUGUAACACCUUUUUUCCUCUUAUCUCAGGAUUCUUUGUCUAUCGCUUAUUUAAGUGUAUUGGUGCUAAUUGGACAAAAGGUUGCACAGUCAUACUUUUUUGAAUAUUUAAUUAUAUUAAAACGUUUGGAGAGAAAGACAGGAGUACCAGCACAGAAGCCGGUACUCCUAUUUCUGAGUAGCAGAUGAACAUAUUUUAGCCACCAAAAAAAUAAAUAUCAGUUUAGGUGUAUGGUAUAUUUGGAAUUUUAUUGAGAAUUGAGUGACUUGAGUGUUUUUUGACACAACAACACCAACAAACUAGCAGAUCUUUAAAUAAUCUAAAAAUAAUACAGACUUUAACUACACAGAAACCUGCAGGCCUGGUCAGAAGUGCCUUAAACCUGCAUUCUUUCCAUUUGCCAGAAUGGGGCGACUCCACUGGUUCCAAAAUGAAGUCAGUUUGUAUGUAAGUCAAUGGGAAAAUUAGCUACCACUUUCUCACUUGAUUUAUCACCUCAGUAAACAUUUUCAGUUUACUAUUGUCUCAAUCAUUAGUUUCAAGUUUUUUCAAUACAGCACAAUUAAACAAUUAAAGUAGUAACAUGUUGUUUUUUAUCAUUCUUUACCGCAAACUUUUCAACCAAUAAGAAAUAAUAGUGCGAGUAGAUUUCCCGCCCUUCACCUUUGUACACUCCCCUCUUCAAAUCUUUUUAAAAAAAUUUAGUCCGCUUACAUUUCUGCACUGUGAAAGCAAACCAGACUAAAUACAAAACAAACCAAAUUUAUCAAUUUCACUCUGAUUAAGACGAACCAUAACUGUUCAUUUGAACAACAAUUGGCCCUUUAAACAAGCUAGCUAGUUAGGUGAUGUAAUUUGGGAGGCAUCUCGAUGACUACGUGUGUAAUUUAGAUACAGUCAAUAACUGAUAAUGAUUUUUUUAGGUGGCUAAAGUACUCAGCUUAGAUUAAAUGCUUGUCCUUCUGCAUAAUUCUCCAAUCAUUUCUGGGUUGUCACAAUACUAAAAUUUUCAACUCGAUACCGAUACUCAGGAAAAUAUUCGAUACUCGAUACCAUUUUCCAUACCACAAGGAUAAAAACAAAGACCCCAACAUUUAACAGAAAUAUUUUUAUUAACAAGAAAAAUUAGCAACAUGUAAAAAUGAACAGAAACACAGGUUAAAUAUUUAUAAUAAAAAACAGUUGUGCAAAAAGAAACUGCAACUAUGAGAACAAGCUUCAGGUCUGAGGUAGUGCAAAAAAUAAAUAAGUACAAUAAACAAUAACAAUUAGAACAAUAUUUUGAGGUUGUAUGCUGUGCACAAGAUAAGGCAAGCUUGAUAAAAAAAAACAACAAUAAAUAAACUUAAGUGUUCAUUCCUUGGCUAGGUAUCGGUACUUUUAAAAAUGAAUAUUGUAUCCAGAUACAACGUUUUAGUAUCGAUACUUUUUUGAGUAUCGAUACUUUUGACAACCCUAAUCAUUUCUAAUCCGACUUGUGCUGAGCGCUUGGACCGCAGUAUACUUUCCUGCAAGUCAAACUUUUACUUAAAAUCUGCUGAUCAUUUGUGUGCUGCUCCUUCUAUUCACUGUAUGAUGGAGCUGGAAAGUGAUUUGUUUGAUUUUCUAACAAACGUGGCAGAUAUGAAGUUUUUUUCCCCUGACAGCAGUGAUUUUCCUUUGAAUGAACUUAUACUUGAAGCAUCAGAGAGAGAGAUUUAACAAGAGCUUUAGAGAGAAUUUAAGAACAGAUGUUGAAGAGUUUUAGCAGUAUAUAACUAACACAGAGUGUACAUAGUUAUUUGAGCUUAAAAUGUAAAUGUACAUGUGAAUGAUAUUAUGGUCUGUAUAUAAGUGAUGUGAGGGAUUUGCUUCUUGAUCGUGGUUGAUUGUGUAGCUCUAACAAAGAGUGGCUGAAGGGUUCAGUUUAUGUACUGUAAGCCCAAAAUUCAUCAUUAUUGUGUUUCUCAUGAUCAUUCAGAUGAGAGUAUGAGACAAACCAUUUCUUCUGUUAUUCACACCUGAGUCUGUUCACAUGCACACUGGUGUCCUGGUAAUCAUAUUUAGGACAUGACGAUGAGUCAAAGAGAAACUGGAUAUUCAUAUCUUUGCAAUUUUUUUGUUUUAUGACAUUUAAAAGGUGCUAGAUCACACACAACAUCUCUUUAAUUUGUCUUGUACAAACUGAAACAGAUCUACCUUUUUAAAUGUUUUCUCCAGUCUAAUCUGUUAGAGGCAGGACAAAAUUUCUGCUGCCAUAAUAAAGAAUUUUUCAUACCAUCAUUUUCAUUUUCUGAAGACCAGGAUGUGUGAUAUUCCACUGUUUCUGCAGCCAGUAUUAGAUAUUUGUACUCAGAUCAUAGGCAGGAUCUUAGUGUGCAUGUGAACAGUCACAGGUAUUUCAUUGACGACUGCACCGCCCCCUCCCAGUCCAGCAGCAGUGAAACUGACUCAACAGUGUAAAUAUUGUACAUGGAUUGGAUGUUUGUACGUGUGAAGAAAUGAAAUGUACAUGGAUUCACUGUAAAUACACUUUGUCUGUUGUCUCGUCUGGAAACGUACCAGCCAGUUGUUGGUUAUUGGAAAUUAAAACAGAACAACACUUGGCACCUGUUUGACGUUUGCUUUUUUUUUUAAAUAAAAAAACCCCAAUACUAUGACAUUA